UCUCUGUCUGUCUAUCUCUCUCUUUGUUGGAUGGGAACGCAAUUCAUAGAAGGACAACUGGGGCGUGCUUGGUGACAUUGUUACAUUUGUCAUUUAAGAAGGUUAGAUAUACCAUUGGCCCAUCCUCUCCAAUCCCAUUAACUCUGCCAUGAGCUAAACUUUUCUGACUGAAAAAUCAAGUCUUACUGCUCCCACUUCCAAAGAGGAUGUAUCUUUGAUCUUUAGUGUUCCAGACCAUACAGCAUCUGUUCUGACCUUUUGUUUUCUCUGAUUUAUGCCCACACGCAAGAAAUGGAGCCCCAAGACUCACAUCUCAAGAUUGCCCGUUUUGCAAACUUCGGGAUUGGACUUACAAAUUUGGGUGAUUCGUGGAACAUGGAGAGUAAUAGGUUGAGUGGGGAAGAACGGUCGGCUCCAAUUGGGCUAGGUCUUGAGCUUGGACGUGGCUCUGGUCAUAGACCAACUGGGUACACAAAAUCAUGUGGGUUCACAGUUUUUCAGCUCCAGGAACUGCAUCUUCAAUCUCUCAUCUACAAGUACAUGGAAGCUGGACUUCCUGUCCCCCAUCAUCUUCUUCUUCCUAUAUGGAAAAGUGUUGCUGGUUCUCUUGGUGGCCUCCAUGGCAGUCCUUAUCAACUCUACUCCGGCUUUUUGGGUUAUGGAGCCUUGCGCUUGGAGUAUAAAAAUGGGCUGGAUCCAGAGCCAGGAAGAUGUAGACGAACAGAUGGGAAGAAAUGGAGGUGUAGCAAAGAAGCAGUCCCAGAUCACAAGUACUGUGAGCGGCACAUGCACAGAGGGCGCCAGCGUUCAAGAAAGCUUGCGGAAGCUUCUCAAGCUGCUACUACUUCACGUACUAGUAUUAGCUCUACUAAUGCUGAUACCAACCUCUCCAUUUCACUCCAAGUGGAUAGCAGCAGCAGUAGUGGCAGCAAUCUCUCUUCCAGCUUUGUUGGUUUCUCUCCAAAGAGUGUUCUUCGAGGGGGGUAAUCCAAAAGCUGAACCUUCACUACAGUAUCAAAAGUUGUGGAAGAAACAAAGGAUAUAAUAUGACAGAUUUUGGUAGAUGUUUGUUGUUAAGUAACCAGCAAGCUCGAGCCUUAGAAGGAUUUGAGACUUUGAUUUUUGUUUUGAUGUAACGUUUUAGAUGCGAGAGACAUUAACGGUGUUUGUUGGGUUGCUGCGACUCAUGGGCUCCAUUUCUGAUCAAUCUCUAGCCUUAGCUAGCUUGAAUGUUGUACUCGCAUGGUUGCACCUAUCUUUUAUCAGCUUAGGCUUUUUUCUAAUGCUACUGUGGAAUAAUGGGUAAUGCAAAAUGUUGGCUUUUAGAUUUCUAAUGGGCCCAAAAUUCUAAUGCUCCACACUUUUCUUUUUUGU